AUGCGCGCCAAAAUGAAGCACUCCAAGUCGCCCCAUGCGCCCUCGCCCCAUGCGCCCUCGCCCAAGCGGCCACGCACCCCGCCAAGUGACUUGUCUAGCGACCAGAAGAAGCCUCGUCUGUCCCCCUCUUCAUCACGCGACGGAGUGUGCGACGACACGCUCCGUAUCGCGACGCAACUGCUGCGCGAUGAGAACCGCCAGCUCCUGGCGGACCGCGACGCCCUCGAGAAGAGCAAAACGGCGCUUUCCGAGCGACUGGCCCACACGCAGCGUAGCUUACGGGACUUGGAAGACGACUUGGCACGACUGUACCGCCAGAAGCAGCAGGAGAUGGACACACAGCGUCUCGAGCUCGAGCAAAAGCUGCAAGACGCCAGCGCACGACCUAGAGCGUCUAAGGAGAUAAACUCUACAGCAGGCUAUUCCAAGCAGACUACUAAGGAGAUCGACAGCUUCUUGCAGAGCUGCGAGCGCUGGAAGACGCGAUUUAUCGCUUUAAACAGGAAGCUGGAGACUAAGACGGAGAAGGCGGCGACGCAGCAGGUACAGAGCGUGGUCAGAGACCUCGUGACGAGUGUGGAGAUGGAUACACUCCGGAGUGAUGCAGAGAAUACACAGACGCGGUUGGAAUGGGCCUCGUGGCUCCAGGAGGACACUGCCUCGUGUCUAGCGAAGAGCAGCAGGGAGAGGCAAGAGACGGAGGCGUUUGAGGCCAUGGAGAGGCAGCUGAUGGCCGAUCGAGUAGUCGAGUUGGAGACGCAGUUGGCGCAGAAGCGGGCGGUCGAGAGAGAGAAGGAGGUGGAGCUGUCGUCGCUCAGAGAAGCUCAGGAGGACCAAGUCGUGUCAAAGCAGGAGGUUGCAGCGCUAGAGGACGAGAAGAAGAGACGAACGGAGGAGUUGACGCAGAUGAAGAACAAGAUGGAGGCUGUGGAAGCGGAGAAAGCGACGUUGAAGCAGCAGAACAAGAAGCUAGUGGAGGAGGGCGAGGAGAUCGAGAAGCUGCAGCGGGCGUUUAAAGCCAGAGACGCCAAGAUGAUCACAGUGUUGAAGACGGAGAGGGAGAAGAGCAGCCAGCGCAAACAAGAGCUCCAGAUCCUGUACGCCAAGUUCAGCUCCUCGAUGGAUUCGGUGUCCGAGAAGGCCAUGCGGCUAGAAGAAGUGGAGCAGCAGCUGCGAGACGCUCAGAGUGACGCGCGUGCUGCGGAGACUCGGCAGAAAGAGCUCGAGAGGCAGAUUACCUCGCUUCAAGAGGAGAAUGCCAGCUUGUUAGCGCAGUUGAAGGCCCAGAACGAGGCUCUGAAGCGCCAACAGGCCGAACGAGAGCACCAAAGUGUUGGCCAGCCGUCUACUGAACGAACCAUAGACGACGAGAGCACGCUUGUGGCUCAACUGGCGGAGAAGGAGGCGCUACAGAUGUUCAUCCGGCGCUAUCACUCCACGGCGGAGGACAAGUGCCGCCAGCUGAUGGAGAAAGUGAGCGCGCUGGAAUCGCUGAGAGCGUCGACUCAGACGCAGACGGAAGAGAGCUGCACUGGAGAGGUUAAUUAA